AUGGUCACCUGUGUGGCAGUAUUGCUGCUGCUGACUCUAAUGCUGAUGCUUUGGUGGGGCUGGUUGGCCCGCCGAGCUCAGAUGCACAAAGACUUACCCCCUGGUCCUGCACCGCUCCCGUUGCUGGGGAACUUGCUGAAGCUACAGUCUGGACACUUGGACCGUGUGCUCAUGGAGCUCUCCAGCCGCUGGGGCCCAGUGUUCACCGUGUGGCUGGGUCCGCUCCCUGCAGUGGUGCUGUGCGGCUAUGCGGCGCUCCGGGAUGCAUUAGUACUGCAGGCAGAUGCGUUCUCCGGCCGCGGGGCCAUGCCUAUCUUCGAACGCUUCACCCAUGGAAACGGCAUAGUGUUUUCUAACGGGCCGCGUUGGCGCACGCUUCGCAACUUUACACUUGGAGUGCUGAGGGAGCUUGGCGUGGGUACGAGUACCAUUGAGGAUCGCAUUCUGGAGGAGACGGCAUGUGUGCUGGACGAAUUUCAAGCCACCAUGGGAGCUCCAUUUGACCCCCGGCAGCUACUAGAUAACGCUGUAUCCAAUGUCAUUUGUACUGUGGUCUUCGGAAAACGCUAUAACUAUGGGGACCCAAAGUUCCUGAGACUCCUGGACCUCUUCAGUGACAAUUUCCGUAUUAUGAGUUCCCGAUGGGGUGAGACAUACAAUAUGUUCCCAUCCUUCAUGGACUGGAUCCCUGGACCCCACCACCGAAUCUUCAAAAAUUUCCAAGAGCUCCGACUCUUCAUCUCUGAGCAAAUUCAGUGGCACCGGCAGACACGACGGGUUGGGGAACCCCGAGACUUCAUUGAUCGUUUUCUCGACCAAAUGGAUAAGGAACAGGAGGACCUGGAAAGCCAUUUUCAGGAUGAGACACUGGUGAUGACUACUCACAAUCUGUUCUUUGGUGGCACUGAGACCACAAGCACCACUUUGCGUUAUGGGCUCCUCAUUAUGCUCAAGUACCCUGAGGUGGCAGCCAAGGUGCAAGAGGAGCUGGAUGCCACUGUAGGUCGGACCCGUGCCCCUAGACUAGAGGACCGUGCCCGCCUGCCUUACACCAAUGCGGUGCUGCAUGAGAUCCAGCGCUUUAUCAGUGUGCUACCACUGGGGCUGCCGCGGGCCCUCACCCGAGAUGUAAACCUCAGGAACCAGUUCCUGCACAAGGGCACGUUUGUGAUUCCCCUGCUUGUGUCUGCACACCAGGAUCCCACCCAAUUUAAGGACCCUGAUCAUUUCAAUCCCACCAAUUUCCUGGAUGACCACGGCGAGUUCCAGAACAAUGAUGCCUUCAUGCCCUUUGGCCCAGGAAAGCGGAUGUGCCUGGGUGCUGGCCUAGCCCGCUCUGAGAUCUUCCUCUUCCUGACGGCUAUCCUGCAGAAGUUCUCCCUGCUCCCUGUGGGAAGUCCUGACAACAUCAACCUCACUCCACAGUGCACUGGUUUAGGCAAUGUGCCCUCAGCCUUCCAGCUCCGCCUGGUGGCCCGCUGAGGUUGGCCUUCACUAGU